AUGACUUCUUCGGGACGAGCAGACCGAGAAUCCCGAGCCCGAUAUACCGUCCACCGUGCCCUUCCCGAUCUUCUCAGAAAUAGUCCACGAGCCAGGCAUGGACUUUCCCAAGCAGACCUCGUCGCCGACCCCCCAUCCGUCAUAAAGACCCCGACGAGUGCAUCGACACCAGUGGUACGACCCGACCUGAAGAUUCGCAUUACCACGGGCGAUGUCCUCCAAGCCGCCGCUCGUUGUUCGGACCGUCCGUAUGCUCCAAAACGAAGUUCGGAAAGCCGCAAGGCUGACGACGCGGGACUCAAUGUGACCGUACACAACAUGGCGUCACUCAAGACUCCAGGAGGCGGAUUUCUCAACGGCGGCAACGGCCAGGAAGAGUUUCUUUGCGCGCGAACGACCCUGCAUGGCUCUCUCUUCGACGACUUUUAUCCCUUACCCGAGAUUGGAGGUGUAUACACCCCAGACGUGCUAGUCUUCCGAGAUACCAACGCCAUUGACCUCGCCCGACGAGAUCGCUUCUUCAUCAAUGUGAUCACCGCCGGCAUUCCCAAACACCCUGAUGGCCGUGGUCGGAAUAGUGAUCGCGACGCAGAGUGUUCGUGCGGGGUGAGUUAUUGCGAUCGGGAUCGCGAUGUCGUCCUUCGCAAAAUGAAGGCCGUGCUGCGUAUCGCUCAAUCGAAGGGUAGCAAACGACUUGUUCUCGGCGCAUGGGGCUGUGGUUCCCUCAAUCAUCCGGUCUUGGAAGUCGCACGGUUAUGGCGACGGGUUCUGGUUGGCAGUGCUCGUCAACGACGGCCUAAUGCUGAACAAUGGGAGGGCAUAGAUGAGAUUGUCUUCUCAAUCCCUCACAGUGAAUACGCGAGAGAGUUCCGAAGGAUCUUUGACGACGUUCUUGCCCCAGACUCCCCGAUGGAAUCCGAAGCUGCCUCUCCUCAAAUUGUCYCCGCCGAUGAUGCUGCGAUCCAGCAUAACAUAGCACACGCGGCCUCUCUCGAACUGCAAAUUGAGCAGGCGGGAAGCGCAUAUGUCCGUGGACGUCUGAAAGAGGAACUGCGCGCUGUCAAUCACGAGCUUGCCCUCGGACGCUCAAAGGCCUCCCAACGGGACGACGAGGACGAAGACGAAGAUCUCGAAGACGACUAUGUCGUUUCUGGCUUUGCGGGUAGCGAUGGGGAGGAGGCCAGUUAUUAUGCCUUGGGCGGUGAAUACGGAACGACAACCGGAUCCGACUCCGAUUCUUCGGACGGUGGGAGACCGAGAUCGGAGAACUACGAAUUCAGGUUCGGAGAGCCCAUGUCCUCGUCAUGCGAAGACGAGGAUGACGACAGUGUCUUGGUAGAGCGGACUGCAUGGGUCGGCGUAGCGCCCAGUCCGCAUUUCGAUCCCAGCACCGGAUGGUUCAAAGGCAGCAUUGAUGAACUAAGCGCUCAUGUCUUUUCGGGAAAGAGAAAGGGCGAGGAAAAUGCGAGUAUCAGUCCGAGGAGUCCGCUGAUCAGGCCGGAAUCGAACAGCACGAACGAGAAUGAGAUCGGUGCUGUGGAUGGAUUUCUUUCGCGAUUCAAGCGAGCUGAUCUAGAUGAUCAGAGUUGA